AUGACAGCAUCACUUAAUAUAUAGUCUAGAAUAUCGAUUGGAAACUUGACCUUUCAUAGGAUUUUGUAACCAAUAUUAAAUAAAGUUAGAUUCUGGCUUUAUAAGAUGACGGUUAUUGGUCAAUAGUUACUUAGUAAGCAAGUAAUGAUCGUCACAAGUGUCAGGGAUAAUUUGGUUUUUGUUGCGAAUGACUCGAUAUUACUAGAUUUAUCUUAAUCUUAUGAUCCCUAAGAUCCAGGUACUGCAUUGAGAAUCUUUUGGAAAUGCCCACCGACAGCCUCAAAUCAACAAAAUGUUUGCCCCUCAUAAAGUACCCCUAAAUUUUCUAUAAGUCUUGAUUAAAGAUUAGCGACUUAAUGGAACUAUAACUCAAACAUAACAUUCAAUGUUACUUUAAUCAAUCCAAAAAAUAAUAAAAACCAGACUUACAGUUUAAAUAUUUCUUUUUCUCUUCCUGACCCUGAAUUUCCAAAUUAGACAUGUCCAGAUAUUUAGUUUACCUAGAAUAAUCCUGAGAUGUUCAACAACUAAAAAAAUUAAACUUAGUUGAUAUUCACCAAUAAUCUAACAAAUUACUAUAUAAACUUCCCAAAUUACUAACUAUACUGCAGGUCAACUGAUUAAAAUAUGUUUCAUUCAUUGCAAAUAUUUGACUCAAAUUAGGUAAUCCUACCUAGAGCGGAUAAUAACUUUAUAUUCUUCCUUUAAAAAUAAAUACUUUCCUUAGAGGUAAGCAAAGAGAAAAUAAAUAGUAUGAUAGAGGAUAAAGAAUAUAAUAUAACUGUAAUCAUGUGGUAUAGAAAUAAAACUAAUCAGCUAAAUUACAUCACAAGAAAUAUAUACAUAAAGAGACUGAGAAUGGAAAGCUUUCUCUAAUCAUCUUUUGAUAAAAAAGAUUAUUCUGUAACUACUGGGGCAGAUUUUGUAACUAUUCAAGGCGAUUAGUCUUAUGAUAAUUUAGAUUUGACAAAUAAAAACUUCUCUUAUUUAUGGAAGUGCCCAUUGAAUAUUGAGGAAUAGUAAAAGUGCCCUUUAUCUAAUUCAACAUUUUUCAAUCUCACUUAAUCAAUGAGAAAUGAUCUUUAGAUGAAUAUACCGGGGAGAUUGCAUAGAUUCUAGUUACAAAUAUAUGAUUGGACAAGAAUAUCUGAAAAGGCUAAUACCACUGUGCUUAUCUUGCCUAAUGCUACUGAGAAGUCUUGCUUGACAAUUUAAAUGAUAAAUAGUAACUUAACAAACCAAAUUCAGAGCAUUUAUUAGUAUCCAUUGAUCCAUUAACUAAAUAUCACUUAAUACUGUCCAGAUAUUAACAUUAAUUCGAUGAGAAAUAUCUUACUAGAUGGAGAGGAAGUAGCAUCUUUUAUACAAGUUAGUCCGUUUCAAGGUUUUAAAAAUAAUUAUGCGCUUGUCUAAUAUAAAGAUCUAAAUCAAACUCAACUAAAAUUAAGAUCAAACUAUACAAUCGAGUAUGAUGUAAUCAGAGACUAUGAAUCAAGCUAUUCACUGAGUCUUGAAUACUAGCUAAUUAAAAUUGGUUAGCAAUAAUAAAUUCAAGAUGACUUAUACAUAAAUGGUCCUGAUGUUAUGAAUCUCGAACAGAGCAGAAAUGGCUUAGUUUUAAGAUUAUUAAGUAGAAGCAGUUCUUCAGUAAUUAGGUCAGCUAAGAUUUAAUGGAUUUGUGAUUCUAUACUUUAGAUUAGCUCGAUCUGCUCAAACAGCUAAUCAACUGUAUUCACUCUAUCUUUUUAUGAUUUCAACUACUAUUACUUUAAAUAAUACGUAGAGGGGAAUAUCUUCAAAUUUACUGCUGUUGUUGGAGAUCAAACUUUAUCUCGUUCUGUUCAUUUUUCAAAAGUUAGCUCAUAUUUACUACCAAAAGAUUGCUAUAUAGGCAACAAUCAAAAGGAUGGUGUUUUUAAUGUUACCACAAUGAUCGCUUUGUCAUUUAUAUGUGACUAAUCAGAGCAAACUAUCUUGAAUAAUGCUUAGGCAAAUUUUAAAUGGCUAAUUGAUAAUGUGACAUUGGAUCAGUAGGCGAUUAAUCAAUCAGACUUCAAGCAAAUAAUCAAGUUAAAGCCUUAUUCUCUAAUGCAAAAUAGAUAUUAUGAUGUGAAAUUUACUAUAUAAUAUUCAGAUAGCAAUAAAGCUAUCUACACGUACAGAAUUAACACAACUUUUCCAAAUAAUAAUUUUACAUUUAUUGAUGGAACAUUUUAGCUUUUAAGAUAAUCAGGAUUUUUUUAUUAGACAAUGUUUAGUCUAUAAUUUAGUUAAAACGGAUGGCUCUCUCUUGUAGGUGAGAAUAAAGGAAGUUUAAAUAGAUUUUACUCAGUCAGAAUUUUUGAUGGAUCAUAUUGGUACUAUCUAUAAUCAUUUUACCUUUUAGAAAAGAAUUUAAGUGGUAUUUACCUACCUCAGUAUACAAAAAUCAUUCUUGAGAUUUAAAAUAAUUAUGGCUAUAUUUGGUAGUAUGAAUUCCCUUAAUAUAAUAUUUACAAUGACCCUCAAUACAGUUUGGAAUUUAUCCUUGAGAUUGUGUAUAACAGAACUCUGCUAAUUGCUGAUCCAAUUGAUUCUAUCUCAUCUCUGUUUUUGGUGAAUCAACUUUUAAGAAGAACAUCAACACAGCAGUUCUCAAAAGUUAAGUAUCUGAAAUUGAUUGAGUCAAAGCUUUAUGAAGCUGCGUCAUACUUAGAGAUUAAUCAAUACAAAUACUGUAUAAUAUAGAUUACAUGCAUAAGAAUCAAACAGAAUAUGCUGCUUUUGGCUUAUUAGUACUUUAUGCUUUCUAAAGAUUACCAGACUAAAUAAAGCUAUGAUAUGGAUGAUAAUUAUAUGAACAAGAUUAUAAUAUUUGCUCUUGAUAGUCUGGAUGUGCUUUUAUCUGAUGUUAAUUACAGACUGGCUUAGAUGAUAUAAUUUGUUAUUUUUUCCUUGAGUCCCUAACCAAUGAACUAAUACAAAAAAUAGCUAGAUCUUAUAAGGCAAUUUGAUAUUUAAAGCCUAGCACCUGGUGAAUAAACAAUUACCUCUAAAAAUGAUAUAAUAGAAGUCAUCUAAAUUUUAGACCCUUCCAUGAACUUUGACUUUAGUAAGGAUGGCUUCUCUGUUAAAGUUCCACAAUAAGUUAUUUUUGAACUAUAUACUUAGAACCCUAUUAAUCAACCUAUAUAUAUUCAAAUUAAGGUCUUCACUCCAGAGUUAGAAAAGGAUAUAAUUUAUCUGACUAAGUAUCAAACAGACCUGAUCAUUCUAAAUUCUAUUGGAGAUAGAUUGUUUGUUAAGAAUAUUUCCUCAAAAAUUGAGAUUAAAUUCCCAUAUCAGCCACAGCAAUCUGAUAUUUUCAGCAAUUUACCAGUAAUAAAGCCUCUUUGUGUUUAUAGAUAAGACUCUAAUCAAGUUUGGGUUAGUGAUGGGGUUUUAAUUAUUUAGGACAGUACAGAUAAUUAUACUUGCCAAACUACUCAUCUUACUUAAUUCAGUUUGAUAGUUGAUCCUGCUAGCUACUAGAGAUAAAGUUCAUUCUAACCAAUAUAUUUUUACUCAGAUAACAAAGAUUCAUAUCUUAUAUUGAUUGUAGUAUUAGUACUGAUAUUCCUAUUUACCACAGCAUUUUCUAUAUAUCAUCACAGAUACAAGCUUAAUAAGAAUAAGGAAAAUAUAGAGACCUAGUAAAUGAUGACCAGUGAUAAUUUAGUUGAGACCAGCAUGAUCAAGUACGAUUAUGUUUUCAAGAAGGAAAGAGUCUUGAAAAAAUUGUACCUGAUUAAUAGCACUAUUGGUAUUAUGUGCAUUUACAUUAAGAAGGUAGCAUUGGCCAUGAGACUUUAAAUACUUUACAGUGAUAUACUUAUAAUGGGAUUAGGUGCAAGUAUCUUUUUCAUUCAAUAAACUUAGACUGGGGCUUCAAUAUUUAGCCAUCAAGAAUUCAUUGAUGCCGUUAUUAUUGCAGUAAUAAUCUACUUAGUAUGGCUAAUUCCAUCUUAAUAAAUACAAAAUUAUCUUAUGGGUAAAUUCAAUCUAAGAUAUAAAAGGAAGAGUAAGCAUAGUAAAAGGGAAAGUGCCAGAUCAAAUCAUUAAGAAUCCUCAUCUGGCAAGUAAAAUAGACAUUAGCCAAAGUACGGGAAUCAAACUGUGUUAUCAGACACAUUGGCUAUUAAAAAUCUAAGAGACUAAUUCAAUAUUGAAGAUAUCAAUGACCAGACUAAUUAAAUCUAAUUAGAUAAAGAUCAAGGGCAGAAUAAGCAAGAUGAUGCAGCAGACAUUAAUAAUAAGCUGAAAUAUUCAGGCAGCAUGUGGAAGACCUUAGACUAAAAAUAAUUGAAUGAGAUAAAUCCUCGAUUAAGCAAUAUUAGUAACAUCCAACAACAUAUGAUGAUGUCUGAGCGCAAGUACUCUAUGAAAGCCAAUGAUGAUUUUGAUUCUCUAGUAAAUAUUGGAGAUUCCCUAGAGUUUGACUAAUCACGUGAAAAAAUAAUACUCUGCUAUUCAGAAGCAAUACACAUUAAGAUACCUAAGUUUGAAAUGAAAAACCCAAAUGAUUAAUUCGGUUCAGGCCGAAGAUCCCCUAGGCUAGUUUAGUCUCAUGGAAUAAAAAUAGACAAAUUGGAAAUUGAUCCAGAUUAAACCCCUUCUGUUGGUCACAUCGAUUUUUAUCCCAAAAAUCAGGACUCAACUUCUAAUCCCAAGCUAGAAGAUAAUGAUGUCUCCUUGAGAGGGACAGACCUUAUUAUUAAAGAUACCUCUUAAUUCAAUGUUGAGGCACCUUAUGUUUAAACUUUUAGGCAAAGUCUUUAAAAAUCAGAUAAAUCCAAGCGGUAGAUAGAUAUAGCUGACAUCAUAUUAGACUUACAGUUACCAGAGGAGCAUAACUUCUAAGAAGAAUUAGGAAAUAUUGAUUCAUCUCAUACUAUUCACAACUAGUCGCAUUUUGAGUAGAGCAAAAAUGAUGAUAAGUAGUUCGAUAGAUUUAGGAAAUACAUAUCUAUACAUAUCUUAUUCAAUCUCUUAUUGUUAGCAAUUAUACUUUAUCUUGGAACUCUGCUUAGCACUGUGAGUUUAGAAGCAAUGGCUAUAUUCUAUGCAUCUAUAAUAAUUAUUGGAUCUAUAAUUAGUAUGAUCAAAGCUCUUGUCAUUAGACCUAAUUUAGAACAGUCAAAUAGAAAGAUAAAACUGAAAUAGAUUGAUAGCAAAUGUCGCUUAUUUAUGAUAAGGCUUUUGAUUGGUGAUUAUUUGAUCAGAGUUAUCGAGAAAUAUAUAACAUAAAGAUGCAUAAAAAAGAUAGUGGCUAUUUCCCAGAAUGAUAGGAGCACUUUUAAUAGAGAUUUAUCACCUCAUACCAAACGUAACAUUCUAAGCCAUGAAAAUAGCUAAAAUGGUCCAAUUACUAUGAUCAGAUAAUUUACAGGAUCAAGGACCUUUGAGUAUUGA